GGUGGGGGGCAGAAGUGGGACAGCGCAAGGGCCCAUGGGAGAAGUGCCCCUGUGACCCGGGCGGAGAACCCAUAGGCCCCUGGUGGAGAACAAGUGUCUGUUACCAAACGUGUAGAAGUUCUAGUGAACAGAUAAAGAUGAAUGUCAUGCAUCACCCAAUAUGAAAGUUUUGGAAGUUAGAAGACGUUUGCUAAGUCAAUUUACUUCAACCUGGCAACUUCAGCAGUAAUUCCAGCCAGUUUGCAUUUAAUGGAAGAAGACCAUUGUCUGCCCAUGUAAAUGUCUAACUCGUAAUAGUCUGUAUUCUUUAAAGUGGAUUUGUCAAAUGUACUUGAAAGAUGCCUCUCCAAGGACCUUGGAGUAAUGGGAUCAAGACAGAGGUGAACCCUGCCCUUGUAGAGUCUUGAGUCUCUGGAGGAAGACACACAUUAAAUUACAUCAAUGUAAAGAUGAUCUGUAUUUGGAGAAGAGAACUAAAUUUUACACAGGCAACAUAACAUCUCAGGACUUCAGCUCAUCUCGGUGAGAGGAAUUUUUCAGCUCCUGACAGUCAUGAAACCUGUGGGGGUUCAUCUUCAGCAUCAACCUGAUUGGAUCCAGGCUACCUGAAAUAUUAAACUGAGUUGGUUUCAAGACAAUGAUGUUUAUGACAGUGAUGUUGGAUGCCAUGAUGAUGCUGAGAGUAAUUCCUAAAGUGGAGAGAAGGUGUAGCCCUGAGGAGUAAUCCCUCUAAGCUUCCAGGAGUGCUGUGCACAACACACAGCAAGUGCCUAUGACACCAGCAGCACCUGGGCAACCUUCCCCUCACAUCCAGCUGUUUCUGUAUUUUUCACAACUCAGAAGCAAACAAAGGAAAGUUACUGUUCAAGUCACAUACAUCAUAAUGCGGAAUUCUUCAUCAGUACCACCAAAAGAUCAAGAUGAAUCAAACAUCCCUUCUGGAACAGCACAGAGUGGGAAAAGUUUACAGAGUAAGAGUCAAUUUAGGACCAUUGCACCAAAAAUUGUGCCUAAAGUCUUAACAUCCAGAGUGCUGCCGUGUCCUUCCUCACUUUCUGACCAAGGGAGUCUGGCUCUAACCUCCAAGCCUCUGGGCAUGCCCACCCAGAACUAUGCUCUGAUGCAGGUGGCUGGCCAGGAGGGGACGUUUUCUCUUCUUGCUUUGCCGAAUGUUGCCUCAGCUCAGCCAGUUCAGAAGCCCAGAAUGUCCCUGCAUGAAAACCUUAAACUGCCCAUUCCUCGAUAUCAACCACUAAGUAACAAAGGGUUAAGACAGAAACAGGACCUGAGCUCUCCCAAGAGUAGCUGGAAUGAACCUCCUGGCCCAGCCCAGACAUGCCAGAUGUGCCCUUCUCCACAAGCCCGUUCUGAACUGCCUCACCAGACCAACCUGUUGAAGCAAAUGCCCACUUUAAACCCUUCUCCCACCAUCAGAACAGCUGCACUGACCAGUAGUAUUGACCACAGUGAUUCAAGUCCUCUAGUGACCAACAGCUGUGGAGACCUGAAGCUUCCUGCCAUCCCAGCAUGCACUACAGAGGAUUCCUCUUCCCCACAGGACCUCCCAGCAAUCAUGCAGAAGGCAGACUCUGCCAGGAAGGAGGUGCCCACUAAGCCUGCUGGUGCUGGUGAUGAGCUCAGAGAAGAGGUGGCCCCUGCACACACUGUCUUCGGCAGUGUGGUUCAGUUGGUCUCUUCAGUACCGAAGGGUAAACUGCCCAUCCUGCCCUUCUCAAAAGGGAAAGCCACAGAUGCUGAUGAUGCCGAAGUAUCUUCAUUUGGAUACAGGGCAAACUGUGAUGAGAGACUGUCCAUAACAGAAAGGGUUGAUGCAGCCACCACGAUGCCCAGCAAGAUGAGUGCUCUGCAUGGGUCAAAGCAGAGUGCUUGUGAAAGUACCUUCUGUCCUGUCACCAAACUAGACCUCAGCCACAAAGGAAAAUCCAGCGGUGGGGCGGCAAGGAGAAGAGGAAGGAAAUGGAAAGUGCCAGAUGAGAUUUUAGCACUGCAGGGCAAAAGGAGGAAGUUCAUUAUUGGUAUGUGUGGAGAUGGCGUGGAGAGGGGGAGAAACAGUCCCCAAGAACCCAGAGACCAGAAGCCCAAGGCUGCUUCGAGAAAGUAUCGCAGCAUCAUGCCCAAGCCUAUCAUCAUCAUGUCUGCUUUGGCGCCCCUGGCGUCUCCUGCAGCCGCACUGCAGUCCCAGGCUCCCAGCAGCCUAGGUCAGGGUGUUCUGCUGAACAACACACUGCCUCCAAAGUGUCUUGGCUCCAAGCAAAAUGACAGCCCUACCCCUAAGUCCAGCUCUGUGCUCAGAAAUGGGUUCUCUGGCAUUAAGAAGCCCUGGCACAUGUGUCCUGUCUGUAACCACCACUUCCAGUUCAAACAUCACCUUCUAGACCACAUGAAUACACACACCAACAGACGGCCUUACAGUUGUGGGAUCUGUCGCAAGGCCUAUGUCCGUCCCGGCAGCCUGAGCGCGCACAUGAAACUUCACCAUGGUGAGAGUCGCCCCAAGAAACUAGUGUGCUGUGAGUUUUGUGCAAAAGUGUUUGGUCAUGUCCGAGUCUAUUUUGGCCAUCUGAAGGAGGUGCACAGGGUUGUGAUCAGCACAGAGCCCUCCUCCAGUGACCUGCAGCCAGGAGACACGCCAAAGAACAAAGACACAGAUGCCUGUGUGCAAGGACCUGAUGGCCCACUGGAGAGGGAAACCAAGUCAAGUUUGGAAGAAGAUUUCCUUCUAAACCAGGCAGAUGAAGUCAAGUUGCAAAUUAAAUGUGCCCGUUGUCAGAUCACUGCUCAGUCUUUUGCUGAAAUAAAGUUCCAUUUGCUUCAUGUGCACGGCGAAGAGAUCCAAGGCCGACUUCAGGAGGCUAUCUCACCAGGCGGCAGAGCUGGGGCUCCCCACCAGAAGCCUCACACUGAGAGAAGGAAGCAGGCGAAGCCUUGUGCCUCUGUGGAGGACUCCCCAGCAUUUCCUAAAGUAAAAAGGCAGCCACCCCCUCAUCAGAAGAGGGAGGAAGUGCUGGCAGAAAGUGAAGGUGGCCUGUGGGGAAUGAACAGCCCACAGCCCCCCACCAGGCUUCUCUGGUCCCAUUCAGGCUUUAACUGCCUGCUCUGUGCCCAGAGGCUGGGGAGGAAGGAGGACCUGCUUCUUCACUGGGCACACCAGCACAACUGUGAGGACCCCACCAGACUCUGGGCUAUCCUGGGUGCAUUCUCUAACCAGGGAGCUCCUGAGUUCCCCAGUGAGGUAAAGCAGUGACACUGAGGCCACGCAGCUGAAGAGAUGUCACACCACCUUUCUGUCAUGCUGUUUCUGUUAGUAUUUCAUGGUAAGGAUCCAGUACUCCAGGGCUAACAUCAGGGCACAGAGGUAAUUUUUUGUGCAUAGUUUUAUUUUCUUAAGAAAUAAAAUAUGGGGCUGGGUGGUGGUGGUGCACACCUUUAAUCCCAGCACUCGGGAGACAGAACCAGGCAGAUCUCUAUGAGUUCGAGGCCAGCUUGGUCUACAGAGUGAGAUCCAGAUCCAGGACAGGUGCCAAAACUACACAGAGAAACUCUAUCUCAAAAAA